UUAACAAAAUAAAAUAAUAGAGUGACUGAUUGAUUGAUCCCGGAGCUUACGGUCCGUUCUGUCCCCAGGGUCCGGGAAGGCCCCGGCCUCGCCCCUCGCCCGCCAUGGCGGUGACGUUCGCCGACGUGCUGGUGUGUUUCUCCCGGGACGAGUGGGGUCUGCUGGGCCGGCCCCAGAAGGAGCUGUACCGGACCGUCAUGAGGGAAAACUACCGGACCGUGGUGUCCGUGGGUCUGGCCGCCCCCCUAGGCCCCACCCCUACCCAGGAAAGGGGUCCCGGUGACCAGGAGACACUGUCGGGCAGACCCCAGGGGCUGGUGACGUUCGCGGACGUGGCCGUGCGCUUCUCCCAGGAGGAGCUGGAGCGUCUGAGCCCGGAGCAGCGGCAGCUGUACGGCGACGUCAUCUGGGAGAACUACAAGAACGCCGUGUCCCUGGGCGAGGACCUCGCUUGUCGAGGGGCCGUGGCAGCGACAGGAUGCCGCCCGGACGGAGAGAAGUACCACUGAGGAUCAGGAAGAAGGUGCCAAGGAUGCCAACCCGCGGGGCGCGACCCCUAAGGACCCCGGAAGGAGGGGGAAUCGUGUAUCGGGAUGGAGACUCCGAGGGGAUCCCCAGCGGGCCGGACCGGCGCCGGGCUCGGGAAGAACUGUGGCUGGGAGCCCUCCCUCGCCUACCAUCGAGGCCGACUGAGGGGUCUUUCCCACUGCCCACCCCCGGCCCCCAAGCUGAGGGAGCAGAGUGGCGGCCGAUUCAUUCAUUCAUUCAUUCAAUCGUAUUUAUUGAGCGCUU